AUUUAAAUAUUAUGUUAGCUAAGGCUGUGCUUAUCACAAACUGUCGAGGAAUUUAAAUAAUCUUCAAAGAAGUCCGUGUCAAAAGUCUCUGUUACAGUAACGGUAGCUGGUUAAACAGCACCGCCAUACGGCAGUAUUAAGCAUUCACAAUGCUCGGGCCGUUUGGAUUGCUUUUAUUUUGAAAAAACAACAAGCCACGUACGGGAAGUCGGAGGGGAAAUCAGCUGAAAUCCGCGGAAAGCAUCAGCAGGACUAUUUUUCACUACUUAGCUAGCUAUCCAUCUAUAUCCAAUUUCUGUUGUUAAUUUCCCUCUUUUUUGCUGUCAAAACUCCACACAGGCGAUGUCUGAGUCAUACGAUUUCCUGUUUAAAUUCCUGGUGAUUGGGAAUGCUGGAACGGGCAAAUCCUGUCUGCUGCACCAGUUCAUAGAGAAGAGAUUUAAGGAUGAAUCCAACCACACGAUUGGAGUGGAGUUUGGCUCCAAGAUCAUCAAUGUUGUCAAUAAAAUGGUCAAACUGCAGAUUUGGGACACUGCAGGACAAGAAAGGUUCAGGUCUGUGACCAGGAGUUACUACAGAGGAGCUGCGGGGGCUCUGCUGGUCUAUGAUAUCACCAGUCGAGAGACAUACAACGCUCUGACAACGUGGCUGAGUGAUGCUAGGAUGCUGGCCAGUCAGAACAUCGUCAUCAUUCUAUGUGGAAACAAGAAGGACCUGGACGCAGACAGAGAGGUCACGUUCCUGGAGGCUUCGCGCUUUGCUCAGGAGAAUGAGCUGAUGUUCCUGGAGACAAGUGCUCUAACUGGGGAGAACGUUGAAGAGGCCUUUGUCCAGUGUGCUCGGAAAAUCCUCAACAAGAUAGAGUCAGGUGAGCUGGAUCCAGAGAGGAUGGGUUCAGGGAUCCAGUAUGGUGACGCUGCGUUACGACAGCUCCGUUCUCCUCGUCGUGCUCAGCUGCAGGGCACCCAGGAGUGUGGCUGCUAGUGGACGCACCCAGUAACACACACAGACAAGGCGGGUUUGUGAAGACCAGGAAAUGAAGAGCCACGGGGGAACCAAGGUUCAGGUUGUUAUGCUGGUGACUCCUCUCUGACCUUUUCGCACGGAAAAACCUUUGGAACCUUUGUUGUCAUGACUGCACCUGCAGAGAGCUCAAAAGACCUCCCAGCCACGCCCCCUCAGACCUCUCUGACCAUCUCCAAGGUAACCAGAGACCGCAAACCCUGCAACAUCCUGCUCCACUGUUGGACCAAACCUUCCCCAGCCCUCCAAUCAGUAUGUGAAUACUGACAUGGUUGUCCCCUCUCACAUCGGGCAGUGACACACUACACAUACAUUUUGCACUCCAUGUAUACCUUCUCACACGCGUUCUCUCCCAGUGACGUGCCCCCAGGCAAUGUAGCUAGCAAAUUUCCUACCUACCCAACCUGGUGUUUACAUCCCAUCAUUGUCUCUAUUGCCUUCUUACACAUCUGCUUACCUGUCUACCUACCUGCCUCUCUGAAUCUCCCUAAAGCAUCUUAUACCCUGUACAGUGUUUCUGUACAUAGACCGCUGCAUGUUUUCUCAAACAGAAUAUCACAGUAUUUCAUUAUGAAGAGAUAUAUGUAUAUUAAAGUAGAUAUCAGCAUCUGUCUCAUGCUCCACUGUAUUAUUAUCAUGUUAAGCUACAAUACACUGGCCACUCGUAAGCAGUAAAGAAGGGGAGUACUGUUUGCAGCAAGUAUCUUAACUUGUAAAUGACACAAGCUGAUACGGAGCACAUUAUGGACUAACAAGUUUUUGUGGGUAAAUGCUGUUUUAUUAUUGUUAAAGCUUAUAGAUUGAGAAAUAAGAAGAAAUAUUUAGAGCAUAUAUUUGUCUUUCUGUUAAUAAUAAUAAUAAUAAUUUGGAGUUUAAAAGUUGCAUGUCAACUUUUAAUUUACAAUGGCAUGUUCAGCGUUCAUGAAUGAGUCAUGAAUCCAAAGGAUUCCAAUUAUGACUGAUCCCUCUCAUUUGUAUGAUACCUGUUUACAUGAAUACCUCACUGACUUGUGCCAGCGGUGGGAUAACACUAACUCAAUUCAUUUCAAGUUUUAGAAAUGAAUGUGAAACUAUCUGAUGUGUGUUUGAUUUUGGUCUCCAAAGAUACUUUAUCUUCAGUUCAGCCACAUGAAGCUCUUGACAAAAAAAAACGGUUUAGAUUUAGAGAUGUGUUUCACAUAGGUAUAUUCAAUCAUCAUGCUGCAACAUGUUUAUGUUGUUAUGCUUUUUGCCCCUUGACAAUUAUGCAUUGACCUUUGUAAUCAAGCACACUUCAAACUAGAAAUAUUUCCUUCAUAGUGGCUUUGGCUGCUUCACGUCAGGAUGCCGUCUUGUGUUUAUGUCAUCAAGUCUUCUGUUUAUUUAUGGACAUGGUUUGUUUUUCUCUUCUCAUUAUGAAUAUCAUUAAUUUUUAAUUUAUUGUGUAUGAUAAAUACCUAUGUUUUUAAAAUAAA